UUGCAGUGUGGGUCAUGGUCAUAUCAGUACGAGUAUGUUAAUUUGAUUGUUGACCAACGAGAAGUUUUCUUGGGUGACUUUUAUGACAAUCAGGAGUGGCUACUCGAGAAUGCUACUCUGCACAACGGUACAGUGGAGUAUCUUUAUCACGAAUCCUUUUCAUCCGUUUAUAUGAUUUUAAUCCUCCGAAGACAAUCGUUUUAUUAUGUUUUCAAUUUUGUUUUCCCGACAACGCUGGUAAGCCUGGUAGCAGUUAUCGGAUUUCAUGCUCCAAUAAACGCAACCGGUAGGCGAGAAAGCAAAUUUCGCUUGGGAAUUAUGACGCUGCUGAGCAUGUCCGUGAUGUUGCUCAUGCUCGUUGACGAAAUGAAAUUUGCACUGGAAUCAAUUCCUGGUCAGAGGGGCUCAUUUUCCGAUGUGCCUUUGCUUGGUUUGGUUUCCUUUUUUAUCCGUUUUAACAGCUAUGCAAUGCAGAAAGCGCAUAUUGACGAAGAGGUUGUCUGUGUGUGUGUGUGUGUGUGUGUGUCUGUGUGUCUGUGUGUUCGUUUGUACCAAUUUUUCAUCUCGAGACCGGCAAAAGCCAUAAGGUUGAAACUUUGGGGACAUAAUCUAUAUGCGCGUACGAGCCUCCAUCCUCGAAAUGGGCGAUCUUACCCGUGUGGUAUCCACGUAAGAGCCCGCCAAAAUUCUUCUCGGGUAAUUUGAUA